CUUUCUCAUAUACCUCCAUUUAUUACCCAUGCCUGCUGAGUGACAAAGCAAAGCGCGUCUUUCAAAAUGAUUACAAAGCUAGACAGCGUGCUUUUGCCCCGAAAAAAGUUUAUCUUCCAUUACAAGAAUGUGCGCUGGGCAAGGGGCCGGAAUGAGACAUACCUCUGCUUUGUAGUAAAGAGACGAGUUGGCCCAGACUCCUUGACCUUUGACUUUGGACACCUCCGCAAUCGCAAUGGCUGCCAUGUAGAGAUGCUGUUCCUGCGCUACUUGGGAGCCUUGUGCCCUGGUCUGUGGGGGUAUGGAGCUGCUGGAGAGAGGAGGCUCAGUUACUCCAUCACCUGGUUCUGCUCCUGGUCUCCCUGUGCCAACUGCUCCAUCAGACUGGCCCAGUUCCUCAGCCAGAUGCCCAACCUUCGCCUCAGGAUCUUUGUCUCACGCCUUUAUUUCUGUGACAUGGAGGACAGCCGAGAGAGAGAUGGCCUGAGGAUGCUGAAAAAAGCUGGGGUGCAGAUCACAGUCAUGACUUACAAAGACUUCUUUUAUUGCUGGCAGACCUUUGUGGCUCGUAAGCAGAGCAACUUCAAAGCCUGGGAUGAGCUGCACCAAAACUCUGUUCGUCUUGCCAGAAAACUUCACCGCAUCCUCCAGCCAUUUGAAACAGAGGAUUUGAGAGAUGCCUUCAAACUUCUUGGACUGUGAACAAUACUUGUGACAUCCUGUUACCAUAAGUCUAUUACUAUGUCAGAGUAAAGACAUGUUGGUCCAUCACUACAAUUGCUUAACUGAGAAUGAAAAAAAACUGAGAAAAAAUAGCUUUCAAGUUGCGGCAAGGCUUUAA